CAAGGAUCUCCUAGGUGCUGCUCGCAGUGAUGACAGAGGGACAAAGCAACAUGCAACACUUCUCUGACUCCAAAUUGAAUCCGAGCAUGCCACGCUCUCCGCCAGCAGCUGACUCAUACCAGCAGGGCUGCAUCAGGAUGACUCUGGAGAACUCUGCUCUCUGGAAGUCCUUUCACGGCUCUGGAACAGAGAUGAUUAUAACAAAGCACGGAAGGAGAAUGUUCCCGCACUGCAGCGUCAGCCUCUCCGGUCUCCAGCCUUUUGCCAACUAUGUCGUCCUGAUGGACAUGGUCCCUCUGGAGAGCUUCAAAUACAAGUGGAAAAAUGAGCAGUGGGAGGUCGCAGGGAAGGCAGAGCCCCUGCCCCCGUGUCGGACGUACAUGCACCCAGACUCGCCCGCCACAGGAAGUCACUGGAUGAAGCAGUCGUUGUCUUUCCUCAAGGUGAAGCUCACCAACAACACCCUGGACCAGCACGGCCACAUCAUCCUACACUCUAUGCACCGCUACUACCCGAGGUUUCACGUGAUACAAGCGGACAGUCCGUACACGAUCCGCUGGGGCCCCUUUCAGACGUUCUGCUUUCCAGAGACGACGUUCACUGCGGUGACGGCAUACCAGAACCCAAAGGUCACCAAAUUGAAGAUUGACCACAACCCUUUCGCUAAGGGUUUCAGGGAAGGAGGCACCCAUUCUCACAGUAAGAGGUGUCGUUCAAAAGGAAGUCCUCCUGCAAAGAGAGCCUUGCUGGACAUAAAGCCUCAUUGUCACACAGCACCAGACCUGCAGAGGAUGCCCUCCACCUCUCAGACGCAGCAGGCAAAGAAGAAGCACCAGGCGUCUGCUCAGCACUCACCAAAGGGGAGUCACCCUCCAGCCUGGGAUCCAGAGCAGCAGGACCCAGCUGAGAGUUUACACGCCGUCGAGCCCCUGGAGCUGCACGAGUACGAGUACAGCUGCGAGGAACAGAUGGUGCCUGCGUCCGUGACGUACCAGCCCUACAGAUCUGCGGAGUACGCCAGAUUCCCAUUCCCGUCCACCGACGGCGACGCGGCGCUCUCUCUCGCCCACCCCCCGCCUCAUCUGCCCGCCACAGCGGAACACGGCACCCAGCAGCACACCUACCACCACCACCACCGCCACCAUCAUCAUCAUCAUCAGCAGCAGCAGCAGCAGCAGCAGCAGCACCAUGGCAACGCAGCAGACUGGAGCCAGCACCCGCUCUUUUCGUACUCCUGUUGGUGAACUUUGACUCAAGGAGGAGGAAGCCACUCCAGCCGCGGAGGAAAUGAUGAGAUAUAUUUUCUGGGGCCACCAAACAAUUUUGCAGAAUUUUUUACCAGGUUUUUGGAAGUGUAUAGUUUAUCUGUUUAAGAUAACGCACACAUUUGCUCUUGACAUGAUUUAUUUUGUAAAUUGGUUUGUGUUUAAAGCAUUUACGUUUUUUAAAUUUUUGUAUAUACUGUAUGUUCCAGGUCCAUAUUGCUUUAGUUCUCAAUAAAAAAAAAAGAGUAGCCGUAUGUGUUUUGAAAUCGACCAUAUAUUCAA